AUGCCCUCCUCCGAGUACGCCAACGCCGUCCGCGGCGGCCUGAAACUCAAAGGCGCCAAAGACUCGGGCGGCGUCAAAAAGCACAAAAAGAAAGAGAAGAAGCAGUCCCUCAGCAAAAGCCAUGCCGAUCCGCCUGUGACAGAUACAAAUCGAGCAGAGGAGGAAGAGAAAGCGGAGUCGGAGUCGGCUUUGCAGAAAGCGCUGCUGGACGAAGAUGGGUUGGAUGAAGACGCGAUGGAGGGUGAUGGCGCAGGUGCGCUGAGGUCUGAGAGUGGGGUUGGGAAGACGGAGGCGCAGAGACGACAUGAGGAGAGGAGGAAGAAGCGGCUGGACGAAAGACUCAAGCGCGAGGGCGUCAAGACGCAUAAGGAGCGGGUGGAGGAGUUGAACAAGUACCUUUCGAAUCUGAGCGAGCAUCAUGAUAUGCCGCGCAUUGGGCCUGGGUAA